AUGAAGCGGGAGGCUCCUCGCUCUGAGGACGCCGGGCGUCCUGGAAAGCGAGCUCGCAGCCCUACCGGGGGGCAGCCGGCCACGGGCCGCAUCGUGAACUGGUACCCGCAGAAGGGGUAUGGGUUCAUCCAAUCCAGUAUUUGUCCGAAGGAUGUCUUCUUCCCCAAAAUGGCCCUGCCGCCCGACCUCAAGGAAGUGGAGUUCGAGCGCAUGAAGGGCUUGGAGGUGAGCUUCACCUUCACCGAGCUCGAUGGAAAGCCAAGAGCAGAGGCCAUCUACAUGAGAGGCAGUGCUCCGGUCUUUGACCGUCCUCCACCUCCUCGAGAGCUGCGGGAGAUGCACCCAGGUGACAGACAUGAAGAGCGGCCGCCCAUUCACAAAGGCACUUUGCGGUCAUAUGAUGCCAAGAAGGCACCAGCGGAGAAGCUGCGGCGAGAGUUGGACGCGGAACUCCAAGAGGUGAAUGCCUGGGAGCCGCGACUGGCCUCCUUGACCGAUCACGAGCUGUUGGCGCAGGCCGGUGCUUUGCGCGCGAGGGCACGCGCUGGGGAGACGCUGGAGGAGCUGCUGCCGGAAGCCUUCGCCUUGGUGCGGGAAGGCUCCAAACGAAGUCUGCAGCUGCGACAUUUCGAUGUGCAAAUCUUGGGAGGCAUCACCUUGCAUCGAGGGCAAGUGGCUGAGAUGGCCACGGGUGAAGGGAAGACGUUGGUGGCCAUUCUACCGGCCUUUCUGAAUGCCUUGACGGGACAUGGGGUCCAUGUGGUCACCACCAAUGAUUACCUGGCUCGCCGGGAUGCUGCUUGGGUCGGACAGGUCUUGAGAUUCUUGGGACUGACCGUGGGCGUCAUCCAGGCGGACAUGUCUUCAGCUCAAAAGCGCGAGGCCUACCGCUGCGAUGUGACGUAUGUGACGAAUCAACAGCUGGGCUUUGAUUACCUCCGUGAUCAGCUGGCAUGUGUUCCAGAAGAGUUGAGACAUCGCCAGGAGAAUCCCUUCAACUGUGCCAUCGUGGAUGAAGCAGACUCAGUGCUGAUCGACGAAGGGCGUACGCCCUUGGUGGUGUCCGCGCAAGCAGAGAUCCCCUCGGAGAAGUAUAGCACAGCUCUGGAGGUCGCAUCCAGCUUGGAGAAGGAUAUCCAUUACACGGUGCUGGAGAAGGAGAAGACUUGCAUGCUGACGGAGCAGGGCGAGGAGCUGGCGAGUCGAGCAUUGGAGCGGGAGGAUCUCUUCGAUCCCCAAGACCCCUGGGCACCCUUCAUCGUGAACGCGCUGACGGCCAAGGAGCUCUACCAGCGGGAUCAGCAGUACAUCGUCCGCGAGAACGCGGUGGUGGUGGUGGAUGAGUACACGGGACGCCCUGUGGAUGGGAGAUCCUGGAGUGAUGGGCUGCAACAGGCGAUCGAGGCCAAAGAGAAGGUGGAGAUCCAAAAGGAAGCUAUUGUCUUGGCCUCAAUCUCUUACCAAUGUCUCUUCCGGAUGUACCAGAAGUUGGCUGGUAUGACCGGCACGGCGUCGGCAGAAGCCGAAGAGUUUCAGAGCAUCUAUGGCUUGGAGGUUCGCCCGGUGCCCUGCAACAAGCCAUGCCAGCGCAUGGAUGAGGAGGACGAGAUCUACACCAGCGAGGCGGGCAAGUGGCGUGCCGUCACGGAGGCUGUUUGUGAGGCCUAUGAGUUGAAGCGGCCGGUCUUGGUGGGCACCACCAGCAUUGAGAGCUCCGAGCUCCUGGCCGAACGCUUGCGGGGCGCCUCAGUGCCCUUCUACCUGCUGAACGCCAAGCCAGAGAACGCCGCGCGCGAGGCGGAGGUCAUCGCAGCGGGCGGCCGCCUGGGGGCCGUGACGAUUGCCACCAACAUGGCUGGACGGGGCACGGAUAUCAUCCUGGGCGGUGAUGGAAAGGCGAUGGCAAAGCUGCACUUGGAGGCAGCAUUGUGCAAAGCCUUUGGCGAGGAACAAGAAAGGCCCCUGGAGUUGUGCCUCCCACUGCCUCAUGCCUUAGCACAAGAGAUGGCAGAUGCCGCCGCGAUGCUGGCUGCCAAUGCUCCUGAAGACUAUCGGUGGUCACUUGCAGAAGCAGCUAUUUGUGAUGGUAUCCAAGAUGAGGUCUCAUCGAAGGCCUUCCAGGCUUCCCUGAACUCCUUGAAGGAGGUCUACCAGAGGGCCUGUGAGGACCUCUCCCUCCGCUGCAGUGCCGAAGGCGAGACAGCAAAGGCUUUGGGGGGCUUGCGCGUGCUGGGCACCGAGCGGCAACACGCGCAACGCAUCGACCAGCAGCUUCGGGGCCGUGCGGGGCGACAAGGUGACCCUGGAAGCUCUCGCUUCUACUUGAGCCUUACCGACAAGGUCUUUCGCGUCUUCGGAGGUGAUAGCAUCCGGCUUCUGACCGCCGAUAUGGGUGGUGCAGACGAUGUCCCGAUCGUGUCGCCCUUGGUGUCUGGAGCGGUCAAUGAGGCACAGGCACAGGUGCAGAGCUUCUUCUUCGGCAUUCGAAAGGAUGUCUUCAAAUAUGAUGAGGUGCUGGACCAGCAGCGGCGGGUGAUCUACUCCGUGCGGCGGAAGGCGUUGCUAGACAGCGAUGAGGAGGUGCUGGGCUCCUUGAAGAGCUUCUGCGAGGAGACCAUGGUGGAGCUCGUCGACCAGAUGGUGAAUGUGGAUGAGCCUUUGGAUGCUUGGCCUUUGGAGCGCUUAGCCUUCAAACUCUCCGCCGUCUUCGUGAACUCCUGGGCGACCACCGCCGCCGAGCUCCGCGCGGUGGCCGAGGGCGGCGGAACGACGGGCGCGGCGCGGGCGAAGCAGUUGGGGGAGUGGAUGCAGCAGAAGGCCCUGGAGGCGAUGGAACAGAAGGCUGAGCUGAUUGACGAGGAUGCGCCUGAACUAAGUAAGGCAGUCUAUCGACAGGUGUUUUUGAUGCAGAUUGACAACUACUGGCGAAAGCAUUUGAAGUACAUGAACUUCUUGAGGACCUAUUCAAAGUUUCGAAGCUAUGGUCAGAAAGAUCCCUUGGUGGAGUACAAGCUUGAGGCUUACAAAGCCUUCCAGGUGAUGAUGGGUAAGAUCCGACGGGACACCAUGUACUACCUCUUCACCUUCAUGCCCAGACCGCUCCACCGAGUGCAGCUGGAAGCGACGGAAGCGACCAAAGCUACUGAGCACCCAGAUGGUCCAGGUCCGGUGGUGCCCGGCGCACCAGCUGCGGCCGAGGCAGAGCAACUCCGAGCUUUUUUGGAAGGUCUGGACCGCCCGGUGGCAUCCCUUCGUUCUCCACGGCUCCAGCGUUUAGAGUGUCUCGCGUGCCUGGUGCACGACAGCGGGAGUAGUGGGGCUGAGCUGGUGAGGUGGCUCCGCGGUGAAGGCUUUGAGGUCUGGGAAGACGCCUUCGCGAAGGACGGGCCGGGGCUCGUGGGCGGAGCGGUGGAGUUCUUGGCCCGCAGGAGCGAGCUCCCGCCGGAGUUGGACGGCAUCGAGCCGCGCCGCGACCAGGUUGUUGACCGCCGUGUGGACUUUGAGGUCAAGACCAUGGACAACGGAAAGCUCCGAGCCCAGCGCUUGCGCUUCCUGACCGGCCCGGGCGGCCCGGGCGGCGGCCCUGGCCCGCACCGAGGGGUGAUCCCCGCGGGGGGAGGGAUGCCGCGGCGUGACGUGCAUGCGGCGCCGCAUGCACAUGGACCUGGAGGCCGAAAUAGCCUCAGCCAGGGACGUAUACGGAGCUUUUACCCCUCCAAGGGCUAUGGCUUCAUCGAAGCUGCGGGUCAAGCGGAUCUCUUCUUCUUGCCCAGCUCGUUGCCACAGGAGAUGCUAGACUCAAAACAGCCCUUGGAAGGAUUAGAGAUUACCUUCGAGCCCUACACCAAUGAGGAGGGCAAGCCACGGGCUCGAAACAUCCAGCCAGCCAGGAUGUUGCCUCCUCCGCCCCGGGUCAGUGCCCCAGUGCAUACCCGAGCCCCACCGGCACAACAUAUGGUACCAAUGACCAUGCCACCCCCUCUACUUCCCGGCCCUCCACCGCCGAUUCCCAUGGCUCCGCCCGUGCCACAUCGUCCUCCGGCCGAGCCCAGAGUGAUGGUGGGCACUGUGCAUGCCUAUGACAUUGGCAAGGGCUUCGGCUUCAUGCGGGCAGAUGGCAUCGCAGGGGACGUUUUCUUUGCCAGGGCGGAGCUUCCAAUUGAGCUGCGGGAGGAGGAGAAGGACCAGGUCAUGGGGAAACACAUGGAAUUCGAGCUGAAAACCAUGCCGGAUGGCAAGCUCCGGGCGAAGAAGCUGCUGGCGCUGAGACGCAUAGGUGGCCACCCACGAGCACGGGGCAGGGUCAUCAAGUACCAUCAGGACAAGGGCUAUGGAUUUAUAGACUGCGGCUGGGCUGACAAUGUCUUCUUCAUGCGGAGCUCUUUGCCCAAGGACCUUAACAACGCUUCUUUGGAGGAGCUUCAGCAAUUUGAGGUAUCCUUUGAGGUGUCUUCCAAAGAGCCUGGCAAACCGAGAGCCUCCAAUUUGGAGAUCUUGGGGCGGGAGAAGGUGGCCGAGGUCAACGCUCCACGGAAUUCGUUCCAGGGCGGCGAGAUCCUGGAUGGAGAGAUCGUGAACUUCGAUCCGCUCAAGGGCUUCGGCUUCAUCCGGGUCCGAGACCACAAUGAGGAUGUCUAUUUUGUGAAGCCAGAGCUGCCUUCAGAGCUGGCUUCUGCCGAACGGAAGGAGGAGGUGAUCGGAGAGAGGGUGGAGUUCGAGGUGCUGGUGAAGCCUGACGGCAAGAUACGUGCGCAGGACAUGCGUCUCCUGGGAUCUGCAGGCAAGGAUGAGCCCGAGUCUGACCUGGACGACGACCUCGUGCAGGAGAUGGAAGACUUCUUGGUGGAGCACGGAAAUCGUCAGAACUACGGGAAUUUCACCAACCGCUUCCCACGGGUGAAGAAGACGAAGAUCCAAAAGCAUUUUCACAUCACCGACGGAGAUGGCCGGCAAUUCGUGGAGCUGCCACCGGAUCACCCUCGCCGCAUCGAGGAAGCUGCACAGCGCCCUGAAGACGAGGACAUGCGGGAAGAGCCAAAGGAGGAGCCCAAGGAGGAACCACGGGAGGAUGCGCGAGAGAACGAGGAUUAUCUCGACGACUUCCCGGAGCCGCUCGAAGAGGCUCGGGAGGUGAACGAAGAGGAUGUCGACCCCAAUGAGCCAGCCAUUCCCCUGGGCAAAGGGUUGCAUCCUUUGGGCGUGAUCCGGGACUACGAUGCCAAGAAGGGCUAUGGCUUUAUCCGCUGUAAGGGCUUAGCUGAGGAGCCUUCUUGGGUGAGUGUGAGUGUGGGAAAGGUGGCUUCCGGCGGAUCCAGAUUGGUGGAAGCGUGA